UUCGCGCCAUCACCGAUGCCCACGAAACGACGCGGCGAUCAAUUGAGGGAUUGUUCCGUUACAUUACCAUUGGAUAUUCUAUGGUUACCCAAAGCGGCUAUGAGGCCCUUCGGGCCAGAUCCUUCACACUCAGAUUGCGUCCUCGUCGUAGGCGUAUCGAGGCCUAAACUAGCGGCGCUGUUUCUAUCGGUGAUGCUGCUAUCGCUAUUCCUAACGUUUCACAUCCUGUACGACAGCGCAGUUUAUAGCAUACAGGCCGCAACAGCAAUUUCGGAGAAUAAAAUUGCCAUACUGACAAAUCACAUACCCAAUCCACCGGUUAUCAAUCAACCCGUCGUGUUUCCGAACCGAAUACACUUUCCCAAAACUAGUCGUAGAUUACCGCAAUGUUUAAUAAUAGGAGUGAGAAAAUGUGGCACACGCGCCCUGCUCGAGAUGCUGUACUUGCAUCCAAGGAUACAGAAGGCCGCCGGCGAGGUGCAUUUUUUCGAUCGCGACGAAAACUACCUGAGGGGGCUCGAGUGGUACCGGAAGAAGAUGCCACACUCCUUCCGUGGCCAGAUAACGAUCGAGAAGAGCCCCAGCUAUUUCGUGACACCAGAGGUUCCGGAACGAGUCCGAGCGAUGAAUGCGUCCAUCAAGCUGCUUCUAAUUGUAAGGGAACCCGUAACGAGAGCAAUAUCCGAUUACACACAGCUUCGAAGUCACGCGGCAACGGCAACACUACCCCAGCAGCAGAGUCUAUCGUCAACUUCGCCUCUGUCGAGGUCGUUUGAGGAGCUGGCGAUCCUGCCGAACGGGACGGUCAACGAGGCGUACCGACCGUUGGCCAUCUCGCAGUAUCACGUACACGUACACCGUUGGCUGGAGGUGUUCCCCCGCGAGCAAUUGCUGGUCGUCAACGGUGACCAGCUUAUCGACGAUCCGGUUUCGCAGCUGCGCCGAAUAGAAGAUUUUUUAGGUAUCGAGCCACGGAUCGGUAGCAAUAACUUCUACUUCAAUGAAACGAAAGGCUUCUACUGUCUGCGGAACGAGACGGGCGACAAGUGUUUGCGGGAGACGAAAGGCCGGAAGCACCCACGCGUCGAUCCGGUCGUGAUAUCGAAGUUGCGUAAGUUCUUCGUUGAACACAAUCAAAAAUUCUACGAACUCGUCGGCGAGGAUCUCGGAUGGCCGGAAGAGUAG